GUCACUUCCGGGCCCUACGGCAGCCGGCGGGGGUCAUGCGGCGGCGCGGUGUGAGGGCGUCACUGCGCGUGUGCGCCACUUCCGGCUGGCGGCGGCGGGAGCACCAUGCCCAAGUUUUACUGUGAUUACUGUGACACGUACCUCACCCAUGACUCGCCCUCCGUGAGAAAAACCCACUGCAGUGGUCGGAAGCACAAGGAGAACGUGAAGGAUUACUACCAGAAAUGGAUGGAGGAGCAAGCCCAGAGCCUGAUUGACAAAACAACGGCUGCAUUCCAGCAAGGGAAAAUUCCACCGACGCCGUUCUCGGCACCACCUCCGGCCGGAGCCAUGAUUCCACCUCCUCCCAGCAUCCCUGGCCCCCCCCGGCCCGGCAUGAUGCCAGCCCCACACAUGGGGGGGCCCCCGAUGAUGCCAAUGAUGGGCCCACCCCCCCCAGGAAUGAUGCCAGUUGGACCUGCUCCUGGGAUGAGGCCACCCAUGGGAGGACACAUGCCAAUGAUGCCAGGGCCCCCCAUGAUGAGACCCCCCUCCAGACCCAUGAUGGUGCCAACCAGGCCAGGAAUGACCCGUCCAGACAGAUAAAGAUGGAGAUGAAGCUGCCUUUUCAUAUUAGGACCUUCCCUAUGACAAAUACCACAGACCUGUGUGUGUCCCUGGGGCUUUGUACUCAGUGUGUGGAGAGAUUCUGCUGUAACCUCAGCAUACAAAUGGACACACCCUGCAGUGACUUGUACAAGGUCUGGCUUUUUGGGUGUCUCUUCAAUUGUAUUAUUUUUUUCCCUCCCGGUGAAUGACAAAAACAAGAAUAAACAUUGAUGUUGUUUCCAUAUGGA